GCGGGAGGGAACGACUUCGCAGGCACUUACGGCGAGCACCUGUCGCGAACGGAGUUGCACGUCGCCGCGACACAAGCCGGCGUGUCGCUGCUCUCCGUCGCCGCAACGUCCCGACCGUCGUGACACAAGCCGUCGUCGUUGUCACUCUGCGAGACUAACGAAGAAGGCACGUGCGCCGCCGUCUCCAACCUUGCUUGUGUGUCGUGCCGUUUGUUUUGUCUCCGUGCGUGUUUGCUUCGACAAGGAUAGGGAGCUGAUUGCGUCUCCCGACACGCAGUGCGCCAGAGGACCCAUUUCUUUUCUUCUCGCAGUUAUAUAGAGGUGCGUCGCCGACCUCGUCGCCUUGGCAUCGCGUCGAUUCUUUCGAUCAUCGGGAGACACGCCUCUCUCAUCCGUAUUGCCUGCACCGCCGGAACCUCCCCAUGCCUCGCCACUCCACGGACUCGAACCCACGCCCAUCGACGUUGUUAAUGUGGGCAGUCGCAGCACCAGCGGUAAAUGUACUACGCAGUCCGCUGGAAGAACGCAUGAACUGACAUUAUUACCACGCCUGUUUGCUGCCCACGCGAGGAAAGAUUCACGGUUUGUUUACUUUGUCGGCGAGUUCUGCGAGGAAGUGGGCCGACUGUGUGUGUGACAUAACCGUCUCUUCCGCUUGGAAGGAGCUGGCCGGAUUCUGCCCGCUUCCGCCUUCGGCUCUGCCAUCCUUCACUUCACCGAGAUUCGAAUGUGUGCCGCAGCGCGAAUGAGACUCGAGCGAACAACGCCCAUCGACGCCUGGAGUGACGUUUCGGCUCGCCUCAAGUGAUCUCCCACACGGACGAAGAUACGGCGAGGCGCGCCUGCGCUCUUACGAUUGGAAUGCGUGCUUCGUGACUUCGUGAGAGGUUUAAGGGGGAGACCAUGACUAGGUGUGUUUCGCGUCGCUCUGGGUGUUGAUGAAUGCCUUCGACCAUUCGUGGUCGAACGAGCGCUGGCUCGAUGCUUCUUGCGCAUGGUGCAGCUUCCUGGUGCACUUUCCCGACCGAUCUAACUUCUACGUCGACGCCUAAUCCCGUCAUUGUUCCUGUGGUGACGGUAUUGUUUUAGUCGUCCAUCCCUGCCGCUUCUGAAGCUGUAGCGUCAGCUGGGAACGUGCUGCGUGCCGAGACAGUGGUGGUCUUCAGCUCCGCGAAGAUGUCGUUCGACCACUGCGAGCUCUUUUUGUUACGGCUGCGUGCUUCUCAUCUUGACAGCGCUCUCCCGACACACUGUGACAAUGCAUUUCUCCACAGGGAAGCCGCGUUGCACGCAGUGCGCAGUGGCCAUUGACGCGGGGAUUCUUUCGCUCGUAAGGAGUAUUCGCUUGAAAUUGCACGCGUGCGCUUGUUUACCGUGAGCUGGAGGUGUACUGCGGCGUACUACAAAGUGUACUGCGGUGAACUACAAGGUGUACUGCGUUGACGCAAGUGGAAGCCAUGGAUUCUGUCUUCCGUUACCUCUACUACAAUCAAGAUGACGACUCAACAAACCUUCAGUUGGCGGCCGAGCUGGGCAAGACACUGCUGGAGCGGAACCAGGAGCUCGAGGAGACUGUGCGGCAACAGCAGCUGCUCAUCGAGGAACAGGAACAGGAACUCCAGCACCUGAGUCGACAGGCGGCCAGCCUGCGGGAGGUGAACGAGUCUCGGCUCAAGAUCUACGAGCAGCUGGAGCAAAAUGUGGCCGAACUGGAGAAGAGCAACCAGCGGCUGCAGCAGGAGUCGCGGGCCGACAAGAAGCGCAUACGGAGCCUGAGCACAAGUGUGGAUGUGCUCGAGAAGAAGUGUGAAGAGCUUCAAGAGCUUGCCGACCACCUGCGGCUCAGUCUGAGACCCAGGGACCAGCAAGACGACACCGCUGAGCCUGUUACAGCCGGUCACCAGAACGAGCCACUAGAGGACUCGUUUGGUGUGGAUCGUGUUGUGCCUUCCGGGAGCCCCAACGGAGACACUGAUUUUCUUGGCUUUGAGGAGAGCCCCUUUGGUACAGAGCUGGUGCGCCUUCGCUGCUCUCUGUCGCGGCUCAAGUGCCAGCUGUCCAAGGAGCAGGAAACUCGCGAAGAACUCCAAACGGAGGUGGACAACCUCGUCCAGGAAAACAUGCGGCUACAAGAGGAGGUGCUGGCCUCUCAGGAACGAGAGCACCAGUGUCUUAACCUUCAGAUGGAGAUGGACAUCCUUGAAGAUGACAAGCGCCUGUGCUCAAACUGCAGACUGCUAAACCGGCUGGAUCGCUGUGAGGAGCCCGAGGAAGAGCUUUCAGAAUUAGACCACUUUUCCAUGGUUCAACUUAAGGAUGGCCUGGUUGUUUACGGGGACCAAGACAGCUUGCCUGAGGUCGUCGAUUCACGACCUGUCACACAGAGCCAAGAUGCUGAAAGUCAGGUGUCGCUGCUGAGCGAACUGGACGCACAGUAUCGUCUUCUCAUUGACAAAUACGAAGCACUGUUAGAUGCACGAUGCCGGUCGUUGGGUUUGGAUGGGCCAAUCGCCGAGCCUACCUGGGCCGGUACUAAAUCUUCCAGUCCCGUGUCAGCCGUCAAGAAGAUUGACUAUCCAUCGCUCUCAACGGGAAGUGAUGCGGAGUCGGCAGAAUCUGGUGAAGCCUCACUCUCCUCCGGCUUCUCGGAAAUGACGACAGAACGAGUAUUCACUGACCAAGCUGUUCAAACUGAGGCAGCAUCAGCUGAGGCGAGAAGGCAGUUGGCGCUAGAUAUAACGGCGAUCAAAAACCAAGGCUCCGAUGACCCUCUUGGGCAGCAUUUCUCGCGCAGCCCGCCGGAGUACAAAAAGUUAUUUGCCGAGAUCUUCGCAGUACUGAAACGCACGGUGACCGACGGUGCCAUCUCGGAGAAGACAGAAUUGUCACCUGCUGCAGAAACGGCGAUAGUGGCUUCCUGUUGCAAGGUUGCUGCGGCUGCCAGGUCUUCGAGUCCCAAAGCGAGCUGCACGCCAUCGCCACGCAAGUUGAACACCCACUUGGACAUUAGCAAACUUUGUGACGUGGCACCAGCGCCAGCCUGCCCAACAGAGGAGGUCAAGUAUCGUCUACCAGGUGGCAUCACUUACGCCGAAGCAGUUCGAAGAGGACGGCUUCUACGCAAAGUACAGACCACAGAGCGCAGGACACCCAGGAAGUGAAAGUGUGGGACUUUGCACCAUUGCUUAAAAAAAAAAAAAAAAAGAACUCGCGAAGAAGGCUCCAUUUUAAAUCCUUGCUCUUUUACGCUCUCGGGACAAGAAAUUUUAGUGAGUCAGAGAAGGACACAGCACAGGACAAAUUUUAUGUCUUGGCCAAUAACCACAACAAAUAGACUGAAAGAUUUGGCACAAGAAUGGCAGCGAAACACUUUGUACAUAGUGUCUUUGUACAUGUGUUUUAAUGAUAAACCUUUAUAAGACAAUGUUAAAGUUAUCUUACAAUUUUAUUUGCUUAAUAUGAACUUGACCAGUUGAGGUAUAUACUGUGAACUCUGUUGUGUGCAGUGCUAAAAAUACCGCUCAAACUUACGUGUGAGUCUGUUACUACUAAGUCAUAGCUGUGUACCUUUGUGUACUUAAAUUUCUUAAUAUGCUCAGCCCAGUGUAGGAACCGCAGGCAAGAAUUCUGUCUUUGUCUUGCAUUUUUAAUACAAGGAGGAUAAAAAAAAUCAUAGUGCACUACAAAUAUUCACCUCAAGUCAGGUCUAGGCUAUUGUUCUGCAAAUUUGGAAACAAAGAACUCUCUUCAUAUUUACCAUUUAUUCUCACAUGUGGUGCACAAAACAAUUUGAACAUCAGUUUCCUCUCGCCUUGUUUCUGACUGCAUCAGUGAUUUCCGGAAUGAUAUUAUAUCUAGCAAAAAGGUCAGGAGUUUUUGUGCUCAGUUUUCUUCAAGCAUUUAUGAAUACUGCUACUUUUGUUACUUUUUCUGUUUGUUUUUUUGUCUUGAUUGGGCUUUCAUUACCACUUUUGCAUUUCUUUUUCCCAUAAAUGUGCAAAAUGAGCGAUUCUGCAUGCAGACUAUGAUACUCCUUCAUUUAAAAUGGUAACCUCCAUAUUUAAGUGAAUGCCAAUGGUUUCUGGGCUGCUCAUUUCUUUCUGGUUCCUCAUAUACUAAGUGUGCAAUCUCAAACAGCAAUUACUGCCAUUGAUAUGCUUAUUGACUGUUUUGAAGUCGUAAACACUCAUUUACACGAUUUGAGGAAUCUUUCCUGGCAACACAUGAUGAGACGUAAUGGCAAUGCCUUCCAUUUUGUUUUCUAUGACAAAAAAAAUUAAUACUUGCAUGAUGUGACUGUUACUGCCUAAGGCAUUAUGAAUUAUUUUUAACAAGCUGAUUGUUAAUACAUAAGGUAUUAGCCAUCGACCACAAGGCACGAAAUAUGGGGCUGGCACAUAUGUUACAUUUCUUACCACAAGUGAGACACUGGUUGCUGUUUAUGUACAUAAAGCCAAAAAAGUCGGGAAUGUUAGUAAAAACAACAAUGAGAAUGUGUACUUGUAAAUAGAACAGGUUCAUAAAUGCUUUUGAAGAGUCCCAGAGUGCCAAUGCAGAAUGCCAAUUGUAUGUUCGUUUGAUGCUAAGUUUAAGUAUGCGCAGUAAUAUUGAACUUAUGCUUUUGUCAUUGUUUUGAAGUAUAUCCACCUUUUUUUGAAGGUGUAGGAAUCAGUAUUGUACAAACACGUGUAAACCUUGUAAAUCUCCAAAAUAAAGCUAUACGAGAUUUUAAUUUGCA